UAAUAAUUGGGUGCUGGUUAUAUUUUAUCAUGAGUAAUAAGGUUUCAUUGAUUUUCAAUGGAUUCAUUUAAGAUAUUUUUCUCGUUUCAUUGUUUUGUUACGUACAUGUAUUAACAGUAGCAUGAAGUGGAUCAAUUAAAAGUUGUGAUAAAAACGUUUUAUUUGUGCAGCGUUAACAAAACUUGAAAUAUUUAAAUUCGGGUACUCCAUUAGAUAAAUAACGUGCAUGUACUCCUUUAAUUGCUACUUUUUGGUAGAUUUUAUCUUUUAUAGGUGUAUUAACUAUACAAACUCUGUCGUGCAGUACACGACAAAAUUUUAAAUAAAAUAACGUAGUUGUGUGGCAUAACUUUAAACUUCAAUUCUCAAAAGUAAAAAUUAUAUAUUCUGCUAACUUUUUUAAACAAAUUUUUUAUUAUGAAACCUAUUCAAAAAAUUAUAAGAGUUGGAAUCUUGACUAUUAGUGACUCAAGAACUGAAUCAAAUCUAGACCCAACAAAGUUUGAUUUAAGUGGCCAAAAUUUGAAAGAAUUAAUAGAUGUUCAAAACAUAAUAGAUAGUGGCAAAGUAACUAAUUACGAAUGUAUUACUGAUGAUUAUGAAAUAAUAAAGAAAAAAAUGAUUGACUGGUGUUCUUCAGACAAUAUAGAUGUGUUAUUGAGCACAGGAGGUACUGGUUUAAGUCCACGAGAUGUAACUCCUGAAGCUACUUUAGGAAUCAUUCAAAAGCUAACCCCUGGAAUAACUCAAACAAUAUUAAAUGAAAGUUUAAAAAUCACACCAAUGGCAAUGCUUUCUCGUGCUGUGUCAGGAAUUUGUAAAAGUACUUUAGUAAUAAAUCUCCCUGGAAGUAAAAAAGCUUCUGAAGAAUGUUUACGUAUAGUAUCUAAAGUUAUACCUCAUGCAGUUUCACUUAUAAGAGAUGAAAAAGAUAUUAGUAAUGAAUUUCAUAUACAGAUAGUGAAAGCAAAUAGCAAUAAAAUUUCUACUGUGCCGGAUUGUGUUACAAAAAUAGCAUUACGAAAUAGAGAGUCCCCUUAUUCUAAGAUCAGUAUUGAAAAUGCUUUAAGUUUAUUGAAAGAACAUUCAUUUGAACGCUAUUUGCAAAAAAAUAUAUCUCCAAACAUUUGGAUUUUUUCUACUGGUGAUGAAUUAAAAAAUAAUGAGGAAUCAGGAAAAAGUCUUAUUAGAGACACAAAUUCUUCUAUGAUUCAAGAUAUUCUUUACAAUGAUAGGCAUUUCAAUAUUCAAUGUGGACAAAUCAUAAGUGAUGACUGGUAUGAACUCUGUUGUGCUUUUCAAACAGCUUUUGUUAAUGCUGAUGUAAUAGUAACUAGUGGAGGUGUAUCCAUGGGUGAGAAAGAUUUAAUAAAACAUGUACUUAAAGAGCAUUUUCAUGCCGAUAUUCAUUUUGGAAGAGUUAAUUUAAAGCCUGGAUUACCUACUACAUUUGCCACUUUAAAUUUUGAAAAAAAAAAGAAAUUCAUUUUUUGCUUACCGGGAAAUCCAGUGUCAGCUGGUGUUUGUACUCAUUUAUUUGUACUACCAUUUUUAAGAUCAGCUGCUGGUAGAUCUCACAUUUUUUAUUCUUUAAAAGCAAUGCUAACACAUAGAAUUUCAAAUUUGGAUAUAAGACCAGAAUUCAAAAGAGCAUCACUUAAGUAUGAAAAUGGAAAGUUUAAUGUAUCGUGUUUAAUUAAACAUCAACAAAGUAGCAGACUUUUAAGUUUUGUUGGUUCUAAUUGUCUACUGCAGUUACCAUCAUCUACUGAACAAAAUAUAGUUGAAGCAGGAACAAUAUGUAAUGUUUUUCUUACAGACAAUAUAGAAAGCAUUUAUUAUGAAAGUUCAUUUUCUUUUUAUAAUAAUGAAGUUUGGCCAAAGGAAUCAUAUAGUAACUUAAACAUACAGAUUUUGUUAAAAAAAAUGAAAAGAAAAUUUUUUACUAAUGCAAUUUUAAUACCAAUUGAAUUAGCAGAAGGACAUUCUUUAUUUUCAACAAUUUAUUCUCCGGAAAAUUUACCACCUUACUGUGCUUCAAUCAAAGAUGGAUAUGCUAUUAAACUAAACAAAGAUGAAAUUUGGCACAAUCAUGAACAAAAAUUGUUUAAAGUGGUGCAAAUAUCAGUAGCUGGAACUGAACCAUCUCAUCAAAAAGAGCUUGAAUUUGGUGAUUGUGCUCGAAUAAGUACUGGUGCGCCUCUACCCCCUGGUGCUAAUUGUGUUGUACAAGUUGAAGAUACAUCUCUAGUAUCUAAAUCAUUAGAAGAGACAUUAGAAAUGGAAAUUCUAGUUUUGAAAAAGCCAAAAAUUUUAGAUAAUAUUAGAAAUAUUGGAUCCGAUAUAGCCUUAGGACAAGAACUUUUGUGUGAAGGUGUUAUACUAAAUCCUUAUAAUAAGGGUUUAUUAAAAUCAGUUGGCAUUGAUCAUGUUACUGUAUAUAAAACACCAAAUGUAGAAAUUAUUCCACACGUUAAUUCUAAUACUUGUGAAGUUUCCAAAAUGCUGUGUGACAACAUAUGUAAAGGAUUUAGUAUAUUAAAAACACCAAAAAUGAAUCAAAGUUUUACUGAUUAUAGACACAUAAAAAAAAUAAUGCUUGAAAUUUAUCAGAAUGAUAUUGAUGUAGCUAUAUUUUGUCUUGAUACAAUAAAUGAAUUUUGUAUUCCUGGAUUCGAUCAAGAAUUUUAUAUUGAUGAUUCUAGCGGGACUUUAUUUACUUUUGGAUAUUUUUUACUGAAUAAUAAAGCAAUGCCAACCUUCUUUGUUAGAGUUACAAAGUCUGAAGAUAUUGUUAAAUUUUGUAAUCCAUAUCUAUUACCUUUUUUAAGAUUUAUUUGUAGAAUAGAACCAGUAACACCUUUAAUAAAAAUAAAGGUGAAUAAUUCUCAUUAUUUACAAAAUCUCGAAGAAGAAUACUUAAAUUAUAUACAAGGUUGUAUAACUUUAAAAAAUGGAGAAUUUCAUGCAGAUUUAACAAUUCCAGAUGAAUCUUCAUCAAGUAAUUGUCUUAUACAUGUCUCAAAGAAUGACACAAUAGAAUCAAAUUUAUGUGAACUGAGUGCUAUCAUUACUCGAUAUCCUUGGUAUACUUUUAUGGAACAAUAAAUAAAUAUUAUUUGAGUUAUUUUUAAUUCAAAUGUUUUUUAAAUGUGCCAUUCUCUAUAUUUUUACUUUAAAUAAAAAUUAAAUUUCAAUCAUA